AUGGCUCCAAAGACUGGGUUCAAAAUCCCUCAACCUUGGGACACAAGUAGACCUAUACUUGAUGAAAAGGAUCCCCUGUCGAUUGAGGCAUAUUUGCGUCACUGCGCGCAGAUCGUGGAGGAUGGUGGCAUCACAGAUGUCAAACAGGCAAAAAGCAUGUACAUCCGUUAUUUGCCGUCGCGGCAAGUGAUGGACGUAUGGGAAGGUCUCGAUACCUAUUCCGACGACACGAAAACUGUCGCGGAAUUCGAGGCCGAAAUAUUAAAAGGAUACCCUGAGGUGUCCAAGCGAAAAACGGGGACCAUGGCAGAUCUAGACAGGCUCUGUCGCGAGAACCGUGGAAUCAAAAUCACGGAUGAGGGAGAUUUGAAGCGUUUCGGCCUUCAAAUGUACAGUCACUAUAAGCGACUGUCAGUCCCUCCUGCCAUUAUUACCAACAAAGUCGCGUGUGAACGCUACAUGCGUACUUUGGACUCCGAGUUCAGUACCGUCUUGCGAAAUGCUUUGGCUACGAGUCAAGUAUUCAACAAGCGCUACCAAACUCGCGCCGGGAUAGCAAACGCUAAUGUCCCCGCGACUGGAGUCAAUCGGCAGGACGACCCCAUCCAGCUGAAAGAAUUGAUGACAAUGGCGGAAGAAAUGGCGUCGACGUUGAGUAACGAAGACGAAAUUCCCGUAAUCGCGCGACCUCCUAAGGUUCGCUUCGACUAUGAGACUAGUCCACCCAACCAUGCUAAGGUUGAGGAGUUGGAAAACUCGAUUUCCAACUUGAAGGAUUCAUUUCUUCUACACCAAAAAGAGCUACAGACUCAGUUGCAGGAAGCGUUGAAGACGCAACAACUCUUCUGUGCCCCACUUCGAAAGUCGCGCACAAGGAGGGCUGCCGCACGGAACGACGACUGUCGCUACUGUGGACAAACUGGUCAUUGGUCGAACGAGUGCCCACUCAAGAGGUCUCACAUUGAGAAAAACCUUCUCAAAGUCGACACCAAAGGGAUGUGGAGGCUCUUCGACGACAGCUUCUUGCCAAAUGGAGAAGGGACUCAGGGACAACGAGUAGAGGCUUAUUGGAAGAAGAAGGGCAAGUCCGUCAACUUCCAAGACUCUUACUACUUGGAUCAGUUCGAUAGCCGCGACAAUGAUGAUAUGUCCGACUACCCUGAAGAAGUGGCAGACGAGAUACGCUCCCUUCGAAGUCAACUCAUCCAAUAUGAGAGGAAGUCGUCGCGGCCAACCCCAGAGAGUCGCGCGGAGUCAAAGACUCAAAGAACUGCAUCUGGUUCGACCAGCAAUGCAAUGGAAAGUGCCAUGGGCCAAUUCAUGCAGAAAGCCAUGACCGACGCCAUGGCCGGCUACUUCAACAACAUGAACAGUGGUUAUCCUCAGACUCAGGAACAGUUCAUUCAAACCCGUCGUGGUGCGAAUAGCCAACCUGAGCGCGACAAUAACAACUCGGCCAAGCCCUCUGAGGACCAUGAUAAACGAGCUGAGCGACGAGAGAAACCGAGGAAACCUGUGAUUAUUGAAGAAGUUAGUGAUAGCGACGAUGAUGAGGAAUCAGUGCGCGACAACACCGAAAAGAGAAAGGAACUACCGUUUGAGAAAGUCAAGCCCGUUCUACAAGAACCAGUACAUUCUUCAAAAGCGCGCGUUCCAGAUAAAUACCAGUUGCGUGCACCGAUUCAAACGAAGGCUGUAGCAGAAGCAGUCUACGACAAAAUGAAAAACGCGUCAGUCGACGUCACUGUGGGUGAACUCCUAGCAGUUUCGGGAACUGUCCGCGACUCCAUUCUGAAGGACUCUUCGAAGAAACGAGUACCGGUUCAGAAGUCCAUGCUUCAAGAAACUGGUCGCGUCGUUGAAGACGUUUGGGAUGGAGAACUGAGCUACAACCUAGUCAGUGCUAAGGAAUUGCCCGAGCCUGUGUUCUAUCAUAACACAGUUGAAGGAGAAAUUCCCAUUGGCGCAGUUGUCGCGACGGACCCAUAUGAGAUGUACUUGGAGUCGAUACCCUCUAAUGAGAACCCAAGGCAUGUCUAUGUUGUGGAUCUCAGAUUGUAUCGAUGGCUUUCUCAGAAGCCGUCGACGCACAAUUAA